UCUGCCGACAACGUUGCGCGGCUGCCAGGGAUUAACUACCCCGAAAAUGGCGGAUGGUUUAUCAUGACUACGGACAUUGUCCUAGCUUACGCUUGCGCCGUAACGCUGGGUCGACCCAGACGGCAAGUCGGAGACGGCAAGCAACCGCAAGAGAAUUUAAUCUUUGAUAGGACCGGUCUUUUCUGGCCAGUCGUAUAAUUUCCCCUUCCUGGAGCGUCCCUCCCUGCAUUGACAGUGUUAUUCUGUCGACUGCCGACGCCAUCAAAGGCAGACGCGGCGGGAGCAGCGCCCGAUAAUCAUUACUUCGUUACGAUGAGACGCGCGAUGCGCCAAGCUCGCGGAUCGUUAUUGUUUUGGAGACACGGUAUUAGUUAAUCGACAGGUUUCAUAACCUAACUACCGUCAAGGCAGAGACUACAGCUGCGGCAGAUCUGAGCGUAGCUGCCAUAUGGAGCAAGGCAGAAACCGAUAAGGAUACAUAGGGAAUGAAAAGCAAGGCUUUACAUAGCUGUAUAUAGGUAUAGCUGUCGUAUCUGUGCUGAUAACUGUUUCAAUUUUGACCUUUUCAUUCAUAACGGUUUAUGCAAUUUGCCUUAUUUUGGUUGACUUCGGUUACGUACAACGUAGAAACAGAAAUCAACUGGUCAGCGAAGGAACCAAGCAACCUAUAUAGAUAUGAAGAAUCGGAAGAGAACAUGAUAUACUGUUUAAUAAUAUGGAAAUUGUAAUACAUGUUUAUACAAAGCAAAGACUGUAGUCCACGUACUCGCACAAACAUCAUACGCAGCCUGGAAAUAGCGCUCAAGAGUAUUUCUGUUUUGCCCGCGAAUCUUAGGUAUAGGUCAAUACUGAUUCCUUUCGACAUUAGGUUGACAGUCUGGCGAAGCAUCCAUGAUGCAACCGGUCGUUGAAAGGCUAAAUCUUUGUUCGACAAGAAUGGAAUCGGCUCAAUUUUAGCAGACUCAACACAGCUUUGAAGAAAUUAAGUUUCCUGAAGGACAGUCUAGGGAGAAACAGCGCAUUUCAGGAUAGCCGGAUAUUGGACCUUUGUCUACUGCUGAAUCCUCUGGGAUCUAUCCAGUGUACAAUAAAUAUCUUCGUUAAUUUGCCCAGCUAUAUCUCAGAAAAGCAUUGCUAAUUCUGACUCACGAAAUUAGGAGACAAAUAUAGUUUACUUCAUCCUCCAAGAGCGUCCAAUCGAACAUCCCGAUGGGUGUUCGAUUGGACGCUCUUCAAGGUACCUAUAUUGACGGAUCAAGCUUUUAGGAUUUCAGCUAUGAUUGAACCGAAUGAAUAUCUAUGAUUAAAAUGACUUGUUUAUGAUUAAACAAUGUUUAUCACUUGAGGCUUGGACGUUUAUACAGCAUCGUUCUUCAAUGUUUUCAUUAGCAAUUGGUACAUAGAAUAGCUACUGAAAUGGCUCAGAUCCUUCUAGCUUUCAUUCAUCCCUGUUCUAUUUUCUGCGUUCCCUCUAUUGCCAUUAAGCCGGCUUAUUUAUUUCGAUCCACGCUCGUGUCGGAGCAUCUUCAUACGUUCCACUAUCGUCCGUUUAGCCUUGCGUUACAUUCGCCUUUGAUCGUUUUCGAGUCUAGACAAUGAUGACGUGUUUGGCUCGAAUGCUCCGUCCCAACUUGCAUGUCUUCCACUUUCAUUUGAGAUAACUGUUAUAGGCCCGUUAUCACCCACGCGGUGUGGUACGUAGCGGUGAGCGCUCUUUUAUUGAUCUCCUUUUUUUGCGUUUCAUUACGCGUCGUCGAGAGGUAACGGAAUCGCUGGUUGAUAACGGCAAUCGAAACCCCAGCCAAAUAUGAGCGAGCCGAAUCUUUAUAAAUGUAAACGAUGGGCCACUAUGAAUAAACAGGCUGAAGAGACGAUCUACAUGCCUCUGAAGGGUGCGCCGUCUAAACAGAUUGAGCUGCGGACUGAUACCCGACAAACUGAAUAGAUUUACUCUCUGUUUGUAUAUGUUUGUAAGGAUCGACGUAAGUAACGUGAGCAAUAAUAUUGAUGUUAUCCGUGCGCUCGUCUGCGUGAUCAUUUGUUACGAGGUCAAUGUGACGCCUUUGAAAGCGAAGAGACGCAUAAAAAACGGCAUCGAACGCGAGCAGCAAGUCGUGAGGUGCUCGCUUUCUGACGCUGUGGCACCCUUCAACCGAUCGGGGAUGCCCCACGGCUUCGAACCCGAAGGACUGAACCAUGUGGCCCCCCUGAACGAGUCGCUUGCUCCAUCAUCUCAUUUCGUUAAGCAGCCGUCUCACCAUCAAUUACUAUUUCACAGCCCUAGCAACAAGCCGAGCGGCAGUUCCCCACUUGUUCCCCAACAGCCCCUUAUCUUCGUGACAGGCCAGCAGCAGCUACGAUCACAACUGCAGGAUCACCUUUCGUACUCAACAAUUUCCCCGCCAGCUCCUGCCGUUUCUGCAGUAUUAGCAGAAUCGGCUACCGCUGGUGCAAUUGUUGGCUCACAAUAUCGUUCACCAUCGAGACUAUUCCUAUCUCACUCUCAAUUAGCGCCCGUUCUCCAGUCAGCAAGCGGGGCUAUGUCGUUAUCCACAAGUUCGUUGGGGGGCGGCCUCCCACCGAAUCACCCCGGCUACAAAUCGCAUUCGCUUCUGCCGAACGGUCAUCACCCCUCGCAGAUGGGUGCCGUUGGCACGGUUACGACAAUGUCGUCAAUCGGCGGCCUAUCCGGGGGCGGUCUCCAAGGAGUUGGACCCAGCGGACUAGGUAUGGGGGGUAUCGGUAGCGGAGGCGUGGUCCACCAGCAUCCGUCACUACCACCCCAUUCCGUGUCGCGUUUAUCACACAGCUUCAUGACGACGUUUCCCGCCACCCAUCACCAAAAUCACACCCGCCAAUCUAGUCUGCUAUUGAAUACCGACCAGAACACAACGACGCAGAAGGACCUCUCGACGACGGCUCCAACCUCUGCGACGGGUCUGACCGGGGCCCACUCAGGUUCGCCAGGCGCGUCCGGUCAUACAGGUGUCGGAGGCGCCUCACCUGGUGCUAUCGCCAUCAAUUCAUCAUUGCUAACGUCUACGUAUCACCACGCCUUGUCCCUGUUAUGCAUGCUAUCUGUACUCAUGUGCGUCUUGUCAGCCUCCGUGUUACGGCCAUUGGAGUCAACGGACGUCACGACGGAGCGCGCACUUCGCGACGUACUCAGCGUCUGUUUGCUAGUGUUAUCCAUGUGCCUCGACCUUCACUGCCUAUUCGUGUGCAGCCUGCAGCUGAUGCUGGCGCUGAGGGAAGGUAGCAGCGCGUAUUUGAAGCGUGCCUCGUGUAGUCGGAACCUCGCCGUGUGCUCAUUUCUGCUGAGUGUCCCAUUUUUCCUCACAGGUGUCAUUCUACUUUUAGACAUACCGUUGCCAGCAUCACUGGCCAUCAUCGGUGUCGUCUUUCUUGUCUGCAUUGCCUCAUCCCUUCAUAAUGUUUACGUCUGGCACCUGGUAGUCCAAAGCGGUGAGGCCAGCAAUAAUGCGAAGGCCCUUAACGGCCAUAUCGUACAGCUGUCCACGCUGGUCUGAUGAGAACCUACAGGCUACAAACAACGUACGCAUUCGUCGCUCCAAAGGCAGCCUGAGCCAGCCGAACGGGCUCUAUCCAAGCGUACUUCUUCGCCGUCAUCAUUCUGACAUCGAAGUCGACAGCGGCGUGACUGUCUUCCAAUGAGUGCUGCCAUUUUUAUCAUAUCACCGCACACGUACACAUAUACGCCAACAGAUGCACACACAUUCAAAUUUUCAGAGCGCUCCGAUGUCGAGACACAUAUAGAUCUUACCAUUUGGUUCCGUUGUGACACGCACUUCCCCGAGGCAGUUAGCGCGAAAAUGCCAGUCGCUGCUGUGAAAGCUAUGAAAGCAAAUCACACCCAAAAAAGCGGGUCUUUCCAAACAUCGGCUGCGCAGUCACGACUAGUUAGGGCAGUCGGGGGGGGAUUGUGGUAGCGUACCUGUGACGACAUGGCCUGCUCGUAGCCAUCUGCUCUCUGUAUAGCGAACAUUUUGACUACAAAAAGUGUAGUAAUAAUAAGGGACCAAACAGAUUUUCUCACCAACUACUCAUUUAAUGUCUAUCAGGGCGACUACAGUGGCGGCUACGUAAAGACGUAGAGCGGUGGCAGCUCAUUCGACUGAAGCGCAGACUAUCUAAAUUUGAUAAGCAUAUACUACGGUAUCAUAUCGCGGAGGAUCAGACUGGAAAUAGAGUUAGUGCUUAUCGUUCUAUAUCAAUCUACCUAAGAUACGUAAGGUUUGCCUGAAGAUCAAUGAUCUCAUCGUCCGGUAGCAAAGCAACUUUCUUUAGACCUGUCAAACAAUUUCGAACAAAGUUAUGAAACGACGGAAUUGCACCAACCUAAAUCGCACAAUAUGGUUAUCGAACCUGCAGUACCUGGAAGGGUAAUUUGAGAAACGAUCGUGAUCUUUUUCAGCAGAUAAAACGACGACUCGAGUAUUUCGGCGUCAUUUUUCCAGUGCGACAUCGUCAGCAGACGUCUUGUCAACGGAAUCCCUGCCAGUCUGAUAACUUCCAGUCGCCGAUUUUCGAGCUUCUUCCGUGUAGCAAUGAAUAUGGGAUGGGCACCAAAGGUCGCUGUUACCCUCGCUGGUCUGGAAGGGUUUGUCAAAUCAGCGUUAUAAAAUUUGUAAUCCACAUCACUUAGAAACACGCGAUUGCAUCUGCUGUGUUUUGUACGUAUGACGUAUGCAACAUGUUAAACAGUUGCCCCUCUCUGCCGAAUCGUCAAGCCGGUCUGCGCAGACAACUCGGUGGCCAGUUCCAAUAGAUCGAUAAGCGUAAAGAACAAAACAACAGGGGAAAACAACUCUACGCCACCGACAAAAGACGACACGAUGCACGUAGCCCAGCAAAACGAAGCGGGAUUAAUGCUGUUUCUGUUCAAACUGAGAGAAAAAAACUGAGGUAUACGGGUUUCGUUUUUCGAGAAGAACCCUAUCCUCUCUGGUGGUACUUAGUGCUAAAAACAGGUAGAAUAAUAGAAGAAGCAUAAGUGGGAACUCAAUAGAAAGAAGCGGGAUACUGAUUGCUACCUAACCAGUUUGUCGAGUUUCGAAAUUUCUCUAUACUCUUGCUGUUUCAAAUAGGAGGCAAUGCAAGAACUUUUCAGUCCGUUCUUCACCCGUUAAACGCACUGCUCUCAUCCCGGACGCUCUGUCUCUUACUCCUAUUGGCCAUCACCCACUUCCAGAAAACACUCGAACGGAAAUCGGACGGUUUCCUCGAAUCGACCAUACCGCGAGGGUGCAGGGGACGAGGUCAUUGACUCUACGAAUACCUCGCUUGUGUGCGUACGCGAAGCAGCGGUCGAAUCCAGAACCAACACGCGGUGGAUAUGGCCAUCGAAAUGAUGUAGCAUUAAUCACAUGCGGAACGCGGACGAUAUAUAUAUAUAUAUAUAUAUCGGAACGAGAAAUCCGAGGUGAAAUGUGGACAGAGUAUACAUCCUUGUGUGUCAGCGUGAUACAACGACAACAACUUGAGGCUGACCAGGUCACCACCGCCGUACACGUGGCAUUUGUAUGUUAAAUAACCAUAUAUUGAUAUCGAUUAUAUAUAUCGAUCUCAAUAUAUAAUUAUUUUUUCGUCUGCUUAAUCAGUCUAUUCAAUUUCACAAGCCGAAAUUGUACAUAAUGCUAUUUAAAUAGUAACCCCGGGCAACUAAAGAGAAGACGUCUGCGUCCGUCGUGGCAUACGGCAGGCAACCGUUGUAACUACUGAUCAUAGUUAAUGUUACUACAUAAACAGAUGCGGGAUGGAAACGAAUCUAUCGAAGAUGUUGUACGAUAGUGCGCGAGCCUGAGAAAAGGAUUCUAUUGGUGUUAGUAUUAUUGCCCAUCGGUACUAUAUAUAGGCGAUUGCCAACGUGACCUACUAGGCAUCUACUAAUAUGCUUGAUAACCCACUAACUACCUACCCCACAAAGGUACACAGAGGUGACCACACGAACAUAUGCACCCGUAUCAAAGCGAAAAGGCAAGAGAACAAGCAAACCUUGUAUGCUAUGACCAAUUACAGAUCUGCCAGCUUUCGAGUUGAGUUGUUGACAAAUACGCACACAUCUUUCAAUCGCAAGCACAUCUGCAUACCACACAACUGUGCGUGAACCGGAAGGAUAGGGAACCCACGUUAUUAGUAGUAUUGUUACUAUGAGCAUGAAAUAUUAAUAUAAAAAAACAUUCGGUUUUUUAUUUAGCUGUGUUUAACCUCUUGUGCGACAAUUGACAGGCCACGAGUCGACGCUAACAAGGCUUGCCGCCGACUUACGUCACUUUUAUCCUUUGAAUAUUUUCUAAUUUUUCGUCACCAAAUCUCCAAGCAUGCCAUAGCAUAGACAAGCGUGAGUGAGUGGACAAGCUGCGAAUCCCUGUAAAAACUGCGUGUGUGUCGUUGCUGAGUAAAUAUGGACGGAUACAUGAAUUGGAUCUGAACGCGAUUCAAGAUGAUCGGGACCGCGAGAAAAAAUGGCGAUCUGAACAAAAUACACAUAUAACAAUGUAUGUAUAUGCUGAAAAAUAGGAACUACUGUUGUAUCGGAAGAAAUCAUUGUCACGUGGGAAAAACGAGGACGGAACAAUGCGAAAUAGCUUUUAGCGAGAUUACAUGGACGUAUCAGUGAGGGCACUCUAGAACCGAUCUCGUCCCAGAUUGUAAAUUAACCCCAUAAUAUUACUUCACGGGAACUAUAAAGACAGUAGAACGGGUGACCAAGCGUGUGGCCACGAGUAAAUAUCGACCGCUUAUCAGCCAAUAGUUUUCAGACCGGGUUAACAUGGGCUUGUUUUGUUCCAAUGAAACUUAUAACUAAUGUAUCACUUAGCAUCGUCAGAAGGUCUGGCAUGGGUCUAUGACAAUUGAAACAAUAUUAUUUAAUUGUAAAAAAAAAGAUAUUCUUUAAUUACGUGGGUCUUCUAUGAGCUCUGAAUUGAAUAUUAGUCUGGAAUAAAAUAGUGUUGAAAAAGUGAAAUAUGGUUCACUUAUUCCAUAUGUAUAUAUAUAUAUAUAUAUAUAUAUACGUUAAACUUUAGAUCUCGAGCAGCCUUCAAAUGUAGUCUAUUCAAAUGCUGGUCAGGUAAAGGUCCGCGGAAGCGAACUUAAAGUUCAUAUUAAUCAAGGAAGCUACCGAAAUGAACAACUUAGAAAAAAAAUGUUUGUAUUUUUUUAAUUCCAUGUCAAAGGCUUCUUUAUGUGUUCUCACACUUGUUCUAGUUGCUACUGUUGUCGUCAACAGGGUCAGCCCAUAAUACCAUGCUCAUGUGUAUGUUUCCAUCUUAAUUUCGUACAUUUAUACAGAUAGGUCGGACAUUCAAGUUCUCUGCAACCCCCCUAUCUCGUCUCCUUCCUCAAUGCCGUUUCCAUCGGCAUGCACGGGCAAAUGCACCGUGUAAAAAAAAAAAA